AUGGCCGUGUCCGGCGGCAGCGACGCGCUCGUCAGGGUCUGGGAUACCCGCGUGGGGAAGUCGGUCGAGUGCUUGCGAGGGCAUAGGGCACAGGUCACCGGCUUGGCAUUUCGCCAGAAUUCUAGGCAGCUGUUUUCCGCUUCGGCUGAUCGUACGGUCAAGGUAUGGGAUAUGGAGGAUAUGGCGUACGUGGAGACCUUGUUCGGGCAUGGCGCGGAAGUCAAUGCUGUGGAUUCGUUGACGAAAGAGAGGGCCCUGUCAUGUGGGAAGGACGGCACCCUCAGGUUGUAUAAGGUUGUGGAGGGAUCUCAGUUGGUGUUCAGGCGAGCGAUGACGCUAUCGAUUGAUGCCGUUGCUAUGUUGAGUGAGCAAAGGUUUGUAUCUGGCGGGGAUGAUGGCACCGUGUGCUUAUGGCAGCAGAGUAAGAAAAAGCCGACGGCCACGAUCGAGAAGGCGCAUGGUGGGGGAUUGGGCUGUGAGGCCUGGAUUUCGGCUGUGGCUGCGUUUCGGAAUACGGAUUUAGUGGCUUCUGGCGGCGGGGAUGGUAAAGUCAGGUUUUGGAAGUGCGAAGAUGUGCCCAAGCUAGUCAGUGUGGGGGAGCUGGACGUCGGACCCGGGUUUGUCAACAGUAUUGCAGUUGGGGCAAAGCAUGGGAUCAUGGCUGUGGCUGUAGGUAAUGAGCAUAGACUUGGACGAUGGGGAAAGGUGCGAGGAGCGAGGAACACGAUCCAGUUUGUUUCGCUACCUUCUGACUAG